AUGGUUGAAGAAAUUUGCAAUCCUUCUUUCGAAGUAUUUGAUUAUUUCUAUGAAUUAUUACAACACGACAUUAUAACUGACACCAAUGCAUUCUGUACUGAAUUGAUGUUAGUCAUGGCUCAUUUCAGACAAAUUGUUGAUGGAGUACAAAUAAAAAAUGCUAUUUUUUACGAAGAAUUUAUGAAUAUUAGACAUUGCUUGAAGUUAAUAAUUACAACAAUACAUGGCAAACAAAACCUUUCAUUAGAAUCAGAUAAAGAAUUUUCAAAACUACUUGUCUUGUAUAUCCAGAUAUUUCAAAAGAAUAAAGUUGCAACAAUUGCAAAGGAAACUAGAACUUCUUAUAAUUCUUCCAAAAAAACUGUACUCAAGUCUUCACAAAAGAAUUGUAAUGUUGACAAUGCAAAUUAUAAAUAUCAUUUAGCUAAGGGCCCUAAAGAGCCUGAAUGGGUAAAAAAUUUCUACGAUAUAAAGGCAAAUAACGAGACACAACUUCAGAUUACGAAGGAAAUUGUAUAUAAAGAAGUCUCAAGUGAAUAUAAUACCAACAAUGACCAAAAAAAUAUGGUAAAGCAAGGGUUUAGAUCUAAAAUGAGAAACAUUUGGGCCACUUCACUUUUAAGGUAUCGUAAAGCAGGUCUGAAUGAAUGCAAGAAGUGUAAGUUCCUUCCGUUACAUUAUUUAUACCACAAAUAUGAAAAUGAAACUUAUAUUGAGUAG